AUGGACUAUCGAGGAGGUUUACUUCUGUUGGUGAUUUUGGGCACUAUUGGGACCGCCUAUCCCUUUGUGGAGAAGGCACCUAUACAGGCCAGUUUGAUUCAAGGGCGCAGCGAUAAGAAUGGGGGCACCGACGAUCCAGUACCCUCUAGCCGCAACAUUGAAGAGCAUUUGUUGAAAACAAUCGGUAAGGGUGGCAUUAAAUUUGUGGUGGGAUCAGGAGAGUCGCAGACCGCAUCCAAACCAACCAAAGAAGAACACCAACACCAUUAUUACUUUCCAACCACAGAGGAGUACAACCAUCCCAGGCAGCCGUGGCCAUCCCAACCCUGGCCUUCACGUCCUUGGCCGCACCCACACCCCCCACCACCACCGCCACCAGUACGUCCACAGUGGCCAUACGGCGCAUGGGGUUACAAUCAGUGGCCAUACAAUCAAUGGGGCAACGGUUGGGGUAAUGGAUGGGGCUGGAACACAGGCUGGGAUCUCCCUGGCUAUGGAGGAAACCACGGCUAUUCCGGAUAUCCUGGCUAUCCCUACUACCCAUUCUUCCGCACCUCGGCUGGUGGACAACAGGAAGGUGGCCCAACUGACUUUCCCCCUCCCAUUGAUGGACGUGCUCAAGGCUUCCCCCAGUCCGGGUUUCUAAGUGCUGGCAACAAUUACAUCGAAGGAAAAUCGAAUCCCAGUGCCUCAGGUAUUUCUAGCGCCGGCCCUGUGCCUCUCUACCAGCUCCUGAACCUAGCUCGAGUUUAG